AUGACAAUUAAAGAGAUAGAAGAAUUAAAUGGAAUCAAUGGAUUAACGAUAGAAGAAAUAGAAAGAAGGUCAAGAAAGAUUGAAGAUAAUACAAGUGAUCCUGAUACAUGGAGAGUACGUUCUUUUGAUGGUUUCUUGGGUGACAAUGAAUCAUUCAAAGAUCGUCUAAAAUAUGAUCAUCAAAGAUUAUUAAAUUUAAAUACUUUAAUCAAUAACAACAACAAUGAUGAUGGUGAUGAUGGUGAUAAUGGAUUAAAUCAAUCAACACAAUUACUUGUAACAAAUCAAAUGAUAGCACAAUUAAUAAGAGAUUUAUUACAAUCAUGUGAAGAUAUUAGAAUGGAGAAUAAUUAUGGUCCAAUGACACCAAUACAAUUACAAUAUCAAUUACCAAAUCAUCUACAAUUAUCAUUAUUUGGUAAUGAUAAUACAACAACAACAAUAUCAAAACAAACUAUACAUAUUACAAAAUCAUAUUUUAAUGGAUUUCAAUAUAGUUUAUUUUAUAAUGAAUCCAAUGACAACAAAAAGGAAAAAGAAAAGGAAUCAUUUAAAUUUAAAUCAUUAUUUAAAAGAAAAGAUAAUAAUAAUAAUAAUAAUAAUAAUAAUAAUAAUAAUAAUAAUAAUAAUAAUAAUAAUUCAUCUGAUUCGAUUGUUUGGAAUCAAAAAUGGAAUUAUGAAUAUGAAAUUAAAAAUGUAAAAGAUAAUAUUAAUAUAAAGAUUGGAGGUGGAAUAGAUAGAGGAAUAAUAGAAUAUAUAUCAAAAUUAGGAUUCUAUCAAGGUGAUGAUAAUAAUCCAUAUAGAAUUGAUCCAAUUAAAUUGAUUUCAUUAUUAAUUGGCAAUGAUAAUUUAUUACAAUUAAAAAAUAAACAAUUAAAUCUUUUUUUAAAAGAUUCUUAUAAAUAG